AUGCCACGUUAUGCCAUGCCCGAAGGCCUUUUUGCCGACCUGCACAUACAGCCUCACGUACAUGACCUAUCGGUCUUGAUCACUCGUCGAAGCAUCCAAACCAAGUUCCGCGUCUACUUCCGGCGUCACUGCCGCCUCCCCAGGAACGCAACUAGGCAGGGGAUCAGAGGGGAGGUUCUCUUUAUGCGUGCAGGCAAGCAAUGCAAAGACGCUGUAGUUGGGCUACGCGCUGGUGACCCUUUACUUAUUACUUCCAUUCUCAAGCAGUGCGUCCGUUCUUUUCUCUCCGGUGUUUGUCCGUUGAACCGUUGCUCUAGGAUUGUGCAAGACAUUAUCAAUUUCCAAGUCAAUAAUAGGAAGCUCCCAUCUCUCAUCGAACUGCAAUACCAAGCCUAA